AUGGUUGUCGCGUCGAAUGCCUCCGGCUCGCAAUGGCUGUUCUCUCUACAAAGCUUAGAACGAACACCAACAUCACUUGGUAGAUCUCUACUUGAUGAUUUGUAUGACAGAUCCCGAGGCGUCGAGUUCUUGUUCCGCCUCGGAUCGACCCUGAAUAUGCAUCUACCGGCACUCUUUACCGCUGCGACGUGGUUUCACCGGUUCUACAUGCGCUACUCUAUGGAGGAUUUUCACCGUCAGGUCGUUGCUGCAGCGUGUAUAUUCCUUGCCUCAAAGACUGAGGAGUGUGGGCGUAAACUGCGAGAUGUGGCGAGGGUUGUGUGUGCUAAGUCAAAGCAACCGUCCUUGAAUUUUGAGGAGAUACCUGCAGACAGUAGGGAGGUUGAGGAGAUAGGUCAGGGUAUCCUCACAGCAGAAGAGGUUCUUCUAGACGCGCUGUGCUUCGACUUCAUUGUCGACAGCCCUCAUUUCGAUCUGGUGUCUCUCUUUGAGAUGCAUCAACUUCCGGACUCACUACACGAUCACGCCUUCAGCAUAGCCAACGACACAUAUCGUACCCCACUAUGCAUCCUCUACACUCCCAAGAUCAUCGCCGCUACGUGUUACGUUCUAGCUCAACGACUAUACGAUGGUUCGAACUCACCCUCCUUGGAUGCGCGCUUGGCACCGAUACAGCCGUCUGCAUCGCUACCUACGCCUCCAGCUCAUAAAUCCGCAUCUCCAGAUGUGAACCAGGCCAUACUUGCGUUCUUUGCCUUGAACGAGCUCGAGGUGCAAUCCGUGAUUGACUCGCUUAGCAUUCUUCUAGAGUUCUACCGACAUGUCGACGCUCAGGGCCUGCAAGAACACCUUGGUGACCUACUUGCGAUUGCACCUCCCAGUAACAUAUCUCAGCGGUCAACGUUCUACAAGGCUGAAAAAUAUAGCUCAAGGACGGCACCAUCAAGGCUCGCCGGGAUCGGUCCUGGCCACGCUACUCCUGAAUCAUUACAAGGCAAUCGAACGCCUAUAGACGCGAGUUCACAAAGAUCUACCGCCGAUUCUGGCGCAAUUGUAUCCGAGUCCGGCUCUCCUCGUCUUGAUCUCAGCUGA